CCCUUUCCCUCCGGCGCCGCCUCCGCCGCUCUCCGCCGCCUCUCCCGUUCUCGCUCCGCCCCGGCCCGGCCCAGCCGAAGCCCGGCCCGUUCUCGCUCCGCCCCGGGAGGGGUUCCCGGCAAUGGGUGCAUCCGAGCCCCCCAACUUCUCGUGGGUGGUGGAGGGGCGGCUGGCGGGGCUGGCGAUGCCGCGGGAGCCGGGGCACUACCGCUACCUGCGGGAGCGCGGCGUGCGGCACCUGGUGUCCCUGACCGAGCGCGCCCCGCCCCACCACGGCUGCUGCCCCCAAAUCCGCCUCCACCGGCUCCGGGUGCCCGACUUCACCCCGCCGAGCCCCGAGCAGAUCCAGAGCUUCCUGCAGAUCGUGCGGGAGGCGAAUGGGCGCGGGGAGGCCGUGGCAGUGCACUGCAUGCUGGGGCACGGCCGGACUGGCACGCUGCUGGCCUGUUACCUGUGCCAGGAGCAGCACCUGGCCGCCGCUGACGCCAUCCGCCAGAUCCGGCGCCUCCGGCCCGGCUCCAUCGAGACUGCAGAGCAGGAGCAGGCCGUGAUCAGCUUCUGCCAGCUGCUCACUGGGGAGCAAGGUGGGACCUGAGCACGGGAUGGGAUCCGUGGAAUUGGGCACCCCGAAGUUCCCAGCGUCACCUGUCCUCUCCUGCAUUAAAGGAUAGCCUGUGGCCUCUC